CUCUGGGGACAAAACAGCCUUAAACAACGAAAACAACAUGUAUCUAUAUUUUUGUCACGUUAGUUGCUGGAAAGCUAUUAUUUAUUUAACUCAUUCUCUCCAAUUUACUCCCAGACAGAGGUUUAGCAAGAUUCGAAAGUUUAGUUGAACACGUCCAUGAACUCUCUCGUUCCCAUAUUAUUGUUUCUUAUAAUUGUCUUGCUCUCUUACUGUCGUCUGUCAAUUCCACUUGGUAUUUGAAUGACACGAGACAGAACGUUUGCGCUUCUGCGUCCGCGCUCACAAUGGCAAUUGUGCGCAAUUCACUGUAUAUUUCCAUAUACGUGAUUGAGUGUGCGCGCACGUAGUCACUAAUGCCAAUUUAAGGGAAGCGUACAAAGAAAGGGAUAAAAGAUAUACAGAUGUAGAACACAGUAAAAGUGAACAGCUGACGGAUGUGAGCUACAGGAAGAGAAGACGUCCUGUGUGCGGCAAGCAGUACAGAGUAACAUCAGUGUUUGUCCCCAACUUAGUUUAUCCUGCGGUUCUCUGACGACCAGCUAUAACAAAGUUUAUGUUAACUCUUUUGGAUGGAGGAGAAACUCUUGAAGGUGUGUGUGGUCCUAUGGAAGUGCUGGACGCUGGUCAUAGUCCUGGGAAACCAUAUUCCAUCCUCGGCGUCUUUUCCAAAACUCUCAUCACCCAUCAACUCCACAACACCUCUGUACUCCACUUGGCUGCAGCAGUCUUCGCUAACUACCAGCCCAGGACUGCAUCAGUCCCCACUAACUACCAGCUCAGGACCAGCCCGCUCCCCCAGCCAACACCCACCACUGGUCUCCACCAGAGAUGUGCCACUAACAGGAAACACACCGAUGGGUGAGACACAGUCCUCGGGGCAGAAUACCUUACAACCAACUGUGUCACAUUUAUAUCCCGACAUGACCCUUCUGCCGAGGAAAAAGAGUAACUGUUUUAGUGAAGCUGUUCAUGUCAGUAAUAAUUUAAAGGCAGUUAUGAAGACCGACCGACAAAGUGGUACUCUUUACUUUUAUCCCGAGGAUGACUUUGAGUUUGUACGUAUUAUACUGACAGUAACUCAUGGUGAACAAGACGGAGUGUUUAACAAAGAAGACCUUUGUGUCAAGGACGGACCUCGCUGGUACACCCUUGAGUUUAAUGCUGGUUAUUAUGACAGGAGGUUUAAAGUUGAUACAUGGGGAAUUAAUGUCAAAGUAGAUAAAUGUGAAAACAAAUCGCCAUUUGAUUACUUGUACGGGGCGAACUGGUUUCAUCACAUGAAGGUAGUGGCUAAGGGGUCGUCUUACUGGAGCACCAAAGCCCCAGGUCCAGACUGCCUCAACUCGCUCCCCGACCAUACCACCGCUGGCACCGCUGAGGAAGAGCCUGAGACGUCUGUGUCAACACUCCCCUCAGCUGCUGACGACACCCAUGCAAAUGGUCAUCAUACGAGACUCCUUGUAAUCGUUCUGACAAGUGUGCUCAGUGUGGCUUUCCUUGUGGUCGUCGUUUUCCUUCACAAACGGAGAGGCGGCAAGAGCAGUUCGGCCCAGACACCAGCGUCUCCCGCUGCAGAAUCUCCCGAGAGCCCGAUCUAUGAAAACGUCAUUAGGUUCUCGGACCAUUCUUCAGCGUCACAUACUGGUCCUGAAGGAUCCCUGGAGAACCCGGUAUACGAAAACAUUAAUUUGGUGGAGCUACGGGGCGGUGCAGGGACGCCCCACGACAGUGUCGACGCCGACUGCCAGCACACCGCUGCCCCUGGCGAGAGGGGCUCAGCCCAUGUUAGUGAGAACAGUGUCUACGGCGCCGUGUGCCAGCCCACCGCUGCCCCUGGCGAGAGGGGCUCAGCCCAUGUUAGUGAGAACAGUGUCUACGGCGCCGUGUGCCAGCCCACCGCUGCCCCUGGCGAGAGAGGCUCAGCCCAUGUUAGUGAGAACAGUGUCUACGGCGCAGUCUUCUAGCCCGUUUUCUUUUAAUAACACUGAUGUUUCUAUUAAUUAUUACACACUGUUACCCAGCAUUUUGUCAUUUUAAGGUUACUUUUAUUACAUUUAUUUAUUGAAAGAGCAUGUUUUAAAUGGGAAUCAGCUGAGGCAGGAAUGAUCACUGGUAAAGUGAUAUCCUUGAGAAUGUUUCAGCCAGUGUGAGGUUGCUGACGACAGCAUCCCGUGUUGUGGAUCCCGUCUUCUGGUUGCUCACAAAGUUAGGCCAAGUAGUUUAGGCUCUCCAUUUAAGCUCAUUACAUUUUCCCAAGACCUAGCCAAUGACAUCUCUAGUACUAAAGUCUCUGCUAAACUAUUGUGACCUAAAUGAAAUUAUAUUUAGUUUUUCUCAAAGUACUGCUGCACGAGAGUUUCGGUGUUGUUUGACUGGCUGUUUUUGAGGAUAGAGAUGAUGCAGUACUUUGGACCUCAGUAUAUGUUAAGUUCUCAAAGCAUCCGCAUUUUGUAAGAGGCCACCGGUGACUUCUUUGACCUUGUACAACCGGAAGCGAGCUAGUACAUGACCGGAUGUUAUCUCCGACAAGCUGAGACACAGUUUAUGUCUGUCAUGAGAGUUGCCAGUGUGUGGAAUGUGGGCAGAAUUACUAGAGAUGGAGUCUGACCUGGACCAGACUGCAGGGAGUCGACAAGUAAAUCAUGGGUACAAGUACUGGGUCGCUAACUUGCGAGAGCAAAGUUGAUUUUUGGGGAAUAGGAUUUGUGUAAGGACAUCGGUGGGAGCCUAGUUAGUGCUUAAGAGUAAUUAAGACACGCGUUUUGGCAUGUCUUCCCCUUACUGACUUCAUUAGGUCCAUGGAACGUAAAUAGGGGGAGGCAAGAGGACCGACUGACCAUCUACCCCAUGUCCUCGUGCAACCACAAAUUACCCAGAACGUUUCGUAGGGUUUGAUGCAGAACCCACACCUGCAGAGCACUGCCGUGUGGUGGACGCCAAAUUUGUGUGCCAUUCAAGUGCUGAAAACAUCCAUACAAAUCUAUCACCGACAUCAACAGUUCCUUGAAGGGGGAAUGAGGGAUAACUCGAGCCCCAUUUCAACGGGGGGCAUGGGAACAGGUCCGAUCAUCUCUCCCUGCAACCAUUCCACUACUCUCACCAGUCAUUCUGCAGAGUUUGUUGAGGCUUAGCCCCCAAGCAUCUAAAAGCCUUAAUUUUUUCACUGAGAAUAUAUCUUGUCAAGUUUAUAACGCCUCUUGUGUCUUGUUUCCGUUGUACAUAACGACCUCCGAGGGCUGGAGGUACCUUGUGUUUAUUCAUUUAUUUGUAAAUAUUUUCUUGCGCUGCAUUGUUGAUUGGAGCGUCAUGUUCCCUUAUGUGUAUUGGUUUUGUACACUUGUACAUGUGAUGAUAAUAGGGAGAGGUAUGUUUCAGUACUUGUGUAUUACUCUGUUUUAGGUCUAUGUUUUGUUGCAUAUAUUUCUUUCCUUUCCAUGAACUGUUCAGUCAGAUGUUGUUUAUAAAUUGUUAAACUAUUGCAUAUGUUUCUGUAUGUAAGGUUAAGUUGCUAAUGUGUACUUUUCUUGUAUUGUAUAUAUUGUGUUUUUAAAAAUUAAUGAAAAAAAUCUGUACGAGAUUAAAUACGUCACAUGGUUGUAAUAAGAGUCCUUACUUUAUCUAUGGACAUACAGUGGAGUUCAGAACAAUGAAGGUUUCCUUGCGUUGUUUCCGGGGGGUCAAACUCCCCGCGGCCCGGUCUCUAACCAGGGCUCCUGUACCACAUCUUGGAGCGGUAAUGUUUAUAUACGAGAUAAUGGAACAUUUAGUAACGCAAAUAAAAUUAACACUGUGGAACAAUCUGAAAAAGAAUACAAGCUUGGAGAGUCAAAACUAAUAGUUUGAAGUAGCAUUGCAUUGCGAUAAAUUUGAACCCGGUUCAGCGCAUUUACGAAAACUCCGUGCAUCUUGAAAGUCUACUCGAAGGGUAACUCCCAUUGCCAAUUGUCUUGCACUAUCACGAGGCUCGGUAUAGAAAUACUACCAAACAGGGUGUCACAAGGAGUAAGCACGUGCUGCGAUUCUGCCUGGAAGGAGGGGACGAAUACCUCCCCCCCCCCCCGCUGAACUUUCACCGCACAGAAGGCAGGUCCCCACCUGGAGAGAAAACGAGUUUUAGCCGAGGAGAGAGUGAGUCUAUAUCUGACAAUACUCAUUACCUAAGAAGGCCCUCCAGAUUUCCAUGUUUAUAUUCAGGGAUAUAUAUUGGAAGUAGGGUUGGCCCACCAGAGUAAUGCGUCUUAGCCAGCGAUAAAGCUGUGAAUCUACACCGUGAACACGUCUUGAGGAAGCGCUGUUGUUGCCGGGAGGAAGUGUGUGCUAGUUGCCUGGGUACUGUGCCCUAUUUGGACGAGGCUGUGAUAAGUGUGUGGCCCCAGACAGGGUUACCACUAGAAGAUGCUCGUCUGGUCCGACCCUGCCUUUGCAAGUUAGCAACAGGUGCUACAGGUGAUAGCAGUAACAGCAGCAGCAGCAACAACAGUGAAUCCAGCAUCAGUGCAAGCUCCACCUGCCUUUGUCUCUGCAUCAGCCACCCCACCUCAACACGCCUCAGACAGCAGCAGCAGCCGACCUUGCAACAGUGCAAGCAAAACCACCGGGCCCAGCACCUGCUACCUCACCUCAACAUAACCGUCCCCCAGUUGCAUCUCCAACUACUUCUCCAAGUGUGCGGCUCAAAGUUUGACAGACCAACCAGGAAACACAACCUCAGGUCUCAUCUAUCGCAGACAACACCUCUCAACCCAGACCCACCUGCUACCAUAGCCACUCACAGCAGUACAUCCCAACCUACGACUGCCGAGGAGACGGAAUUACAUACAUGGGCUUUGCAGACAGUGAAGAAGACACGCCCCAGGGACCAGAACACCCAAUACAAACUUUUACAACAACAGAGACGACCAACUAAGAGCCAUGGGGAAGCUAGGACAGGGUCAUAGAAGCCUCAACGAUCCACAAGAGCCUUGACUCUACCUGGCUUUAUCCACAUCUGGUCGUCCCUGAAUUUUACAAGAUUUAUCCACUCCAGCGUAGUCCUGAAACCAAAAGAAAUGAAGAGACAUUGCAGGUUAUGCAGAAGACUCUGAAACGCAGCACAAGAAUAAGACUAACACUGCAAUGCACACUAAAAUAAGAGAGCAGCAUUUAACAAGGCAAGGAAACCCUCCCUCCACUCAAGAAAACAGCACACUAACAACUUCAAGACCAAUACUCAGUGCCAACUGUUAUGAAUCCAUAAUACUUGAUUCUAACCUUUAUCAUGAUAAACAUGUAAGUUCAUUAUUCUUUCCUCAGUUAUUUGAAAUUAAUCAUUAUGUCCAUUUGUUUUCCAGUAUGUAUGUUUGAGUUAAAUGUAGCAUGCUGUAGUGUGCCUGUACGAGAUAUUUUAGUUAUUACUAUUGCAGGUUUAGUCAUGUUAGGGGAGAGAGUGGCGUCUCAUGGGGGGGAUGACCAUAUAUGGAUGUUCCAAUGAUGCGUGCAGUGUACCCAACAGAGCCUCACUGAUUCACGCCUGUAAAUAUUUCAGUUUACUGUAUGUACAUUUCUUUUAAUUACACAUUAUUAGUGUUAAAUGUAUAUUAGUGUAUUUACAAAUAUGUUAAUAAGUAUUACUCUCAGACAGCAGAGUAUCUAAAGAUUUCAUGCGGUCCUCAGUUGGUAAUGUGUAGACGCCACGCCGUGCAUGCUCUAGCCACGUUAGUCGCGUGGGGGGUGAUGGUGGUUGUUUAAGAUUCGCUACCUGGAACAAAAAGCUCCAAGCAGCACAGGCUAUGGUGAGCUGACUGGAGAGGAUCUGUAGAUAUGAGAAGUCUUUGGAGUCUGGUUUUGCUCAAUUAACAUAGCUAACUCUCUGGUUAGACCAUUAUUUGCAUACUCAUCUAUUCAUUUAAGUUUUAAGAUAGUGAUCAGUGCUUAUAUAUAAUUAUAUUGUGUUAUUUCAUUCUGAUGCAAUAAUAUUUCUGGCUACCUGUAUUUCAUUUAUUUGUUUGUAUGUUCCUUUGUUACCCUUACUUAAAGUAUAUUGCUUUAUUGAUUAA